AUGGCACAAAAGAGGCCAGGUGUGCCAGCAUCGAAUGAUCAUAAACUAUCUUGGUUUCGAAAGUUCAUCUUUCCUAAGAAGGAUGAGCAUCAUACACCACCAACCUCCCCACCCAACCCUCCACCGGUACCGAACGAGGCUCAACCGCCAGGGUUAGCUCGUCGAAUUUCGAGAAGGGUUGUCCCUGGACUUCCAAGAGCGGGCACCUUUAAAAGACAACAAUCCGAGCUGAGAGAUAGAUUAGAACCGGUCAAGCCAAAUGCUGCUGAAAGGCGGACAGCUUCAGUGGACCGUCGAAUAAAUAAUUCGCAUCGCUCAUCUUCGGCUGCUUUGAAUCGUGGUCCGAGAACCAGCGCUCCUGAAUUUCUGGAAAGGGCGGAGACUCUCGAAAAUACGUUUGAUGGUGUAGCUGUGCGACCACCUACGGCAACCACAAAUGAACAUGAGAAUGAAUCUCAAGGUUAUGUGGAUGUUUCGAAGGAAGAGAAGCAGGGCUCAAAUUUCGAAGACCAAUCGAUCUCUACAGAUACAUUUGACGAGAUAAUACUCGAGGAGCUGGAGAAGAAAUGGAUCUUGAAUUUGAGCAUGCAUUUCCGAGACAAAUCUAAAAGAGAGAAGUUCUUUGUUACCUAUGCAGAAACACCGACACAUUGGCGAAGGGUCACAAUCUCGCUGGAUUAUAGAAAUGCACCGAGUAAUUCCCUGGAGGAGGAGCUACAGCGGACAAGAUUCCAGAGAGACAAGAGUGCGCGCAUUUACGAGGCUAUUCGGGAAUCACUUCCGGACAUACAAUUCUACGAUACGGUGACAAACCUCAAGUUGGAGACACAGGAGGAAAGACUCCACGUUCAUGUCGUGGAAGAUCUCUCCGAAGUUAUUCACUAUCCUCCGGUGAAGGCUCUCAACCACCUUCCAUGUCGCAGAGUUCUCGAAUCAGAGCUUGAAUUUGAUUCCCAUCUAUCCGGCUUCGUUUACAAAGUCAUCGUGGGCGGGCAAGUCUUUAUCAAAAAAGAAAUCCCAGGACCAGAUCAAGUGGAAGAAUUUUUAUAUGAGAUUAAUGCCCUACACAAACUUUCCGGAUCUCAUAGUGUCAUUCAAUUUGGCGGCGUCGUACUCGAUAAUGAAGCAAAAUGCGUGAAAGGUCUUCUGAUUAGCUUCGCCGAGCAAGGAGCAUUGAUUGACGUUAUUUAUGAUGGUGAUGGUGGGAUCCCCUGGGAAAGACGGGAGCGUUGGGCCAAACAAAUUGUUCAUGGACUUUCCGAAAUUCACGAGGCGGGCUUCGUUCAAGGGGAUUUCACUUUAUCUAAUAUUGUUAUAGAUGCGAAUGAUGAUGCCAAAAUUAUCGAUAUCAAUCGACGAGGUUGUCCGGUUGGAUGGGAACCUCCAGAGGUUGCUGCAUUACUCGAAAGCAAUCAGAGAAUAUCGAUGUACAUAGGCGUCAAAUCCGAUCUAUAUCAACUUGGGAUGGUUCUCUACGCAUUGGCCACUCAGCACGAUGAACCAGAAACUCUAAGGCCGUUAACAUUGUCAACCUUCCCCCCUGAUGUGCCGAACUAUUUCCUGGAAAUUUGUGGUCGAUGCCUUAGCGAGGAUCCGCGAAAUCGAUUGCAAGCUUCAGUUUUGCUAAGCAUCUUUCCUGAAAUUGAUGAUUAUCGUGAUUUCUAUGACGAUCAAUCGCCAACUCCUAUUGUCAUAGAUGUUAAACAUGCCGAUGAAGGGGAACUUUUGGUCACAGUUCAUGAUAACGAGGAACACGACAAUGAUCUACCAGAAAGAGGUCGAUCACGUUCUAAACCUUAUUCACCACCAUUUAUGGCAUCCAGAUCACCAGAAGCCUUGAUUACAGAUUUGAAGACACACAAUAUCCGGCCGUCACAGAUUCAAUUACCCUCAUCACUUUCUGGGUCUGAUUACUCCAAAGAUCAAUCCGAGCAGCAGCGGGAUAAUUAUCAAAACACUUCAACUAUAGAGAACUCGACAUUAGAGACUCGACGUCAAGAUUCUGAACGUCGAUCAUAUUCAGAAAAGGAUACGACUGAUAUCCGGUCCAAUCUAACGACAGAACAAGCGCGAAACACAGUAGCGACACCUAAUAUAUCAAUGGCAUACGCGGGGGAUUUAGCACACAUUGGAACCGGCGUCGAUGGUGCACAUAUGGGAUCCUUUACAUUUGGAGCGGUUAACCUAGAUGAUGAUGAUUUAACGAUAGAUAACGAUGCAGGCAAUGUUUUCUAUAUGGAGGAAAAGAUAUCAGUUGCAUAG